CAAUCCGCCAACCCCACUGGACUCAUCCUUCAGUCUUCUUCACAAUUGCUUAUAUAAAAGACACAUCUUACACUCUCUUCUCAGUCCAAGUAGAAAGUAGACCAAUUCAGCAAUGGCCACGACACAAGCUCCUCAUAUAGCUCUUUUCCCGAGCGCCGGAAUGGGCCACUUGAUGCCGUACCUCCGGCUUGCUGCGAUGCUGGCCAGGAGAAACUGCAUCGUCACGCUCAUCACCGCUCACCCCACCGUGUCGGCUGCUGAAUCGGAGCACAUAUCCUUGUUCCUUCGCCACAAUCCUGAAAUUAAGCGCCUCGAACUCGAGCUCACUCCGAGCUCCCGGCAAGCCGAUGCCACCCCUAUCGAACCUUUCUUUCUUCAAUUCCAUCUCAUCAAUCAGUCGAUCCAUCUCCUCGGCCCUCUGUUAUCUUCGUCGUCCCCUCCUUUAUCGGCUAUGUUUGUGGACUUCGCUCUACUUGCCGAGACUGCUCCAAUUGCCGAGGACCUCCAGCUCCCUAUAUACGUUGUUUCCACCACCUCGGUCGAGUUCCUCUCUCUCGUGGCGUACUUUUCGGUUGUCGCAUCGAACCCAACCGAGUUCAACGAAGCUUCCACCGAACUCAAGAUUCCGGGAUUGCCGCCGAUGGCCAUGUCGAGCCUCCCGCCAGCACUCCUAGAUCACAGCCAUCUUUUUACAUCGACCAUUGUUACGAACUCUCAAGCUCUACCCGGGGCAGAGGGAAUAUUGAUGAACACCUUCGACUGGUUCCAAGCAUCAAUACUCAAUGCUCUCAACAAAGACAGGGUAAUGGCGAGCUUACCGCCAAUUCUCCCCAUAGGGCCACUAGAAUCGUAUCACAUUCCACAAGACGGAGAUCACUGCUACCGGUCAUGGCUAGAGAACCAACCAUCUGAAUCCGUAGUAUACAUAAGCUUUGGAAACAGAACGGCAAUGUCCCGGGAUCAGGUGCGAGAGCUGGAAAAGGGGUUGGAGAAGGCCGGGUGGAGAUUCUGCUGGAACCUGAAAACCACCAAAGUAGACAAGGACGACCGCGAGGACGUGAAAGACAUCCUUAGCGAUUUCUUCUUAAAAAGAACCAAGAACAAGGGGGUGAUCAUAAGAGGGUGGGCGGACCAGGAGGAGAUCUUGGCCCAUCCCGCCAUCGGAGGGUUCGUGAGCCACUGUGGGUGGAACUCGGUGAUGGAAGCAGCCUGGCAGGGCGUGCCGAUGCUCGCGUGGCCGCAACACGGCGACCAGAAGAUGAACGCGAAGGUCAUGGAGACGGCGGGAUUGGGGCUGUGGGAGAGCGGUUGGGAUUGGGGUCCCAAUGGGAUUGUGAAAGGGGAAGAGAUUGAGAGGAAGAUUGUGGAGUUGAUGACGGAUGAGACGGUGAGGGAGAGAGCCAAGAAGGUGAGAGAAGAGGCCAGGAAGGCUGUUGAGAGUGGUGGGAGCUCUGAUAGGGUGAUUAGAAAUGUAAUUAACUCCGUAACUCUUCCAUCUUAACAAAAAUUAU